UCGAACGUCAUGGCGAGUGCUUUGAGGAAUUCUACAUCGUGGCAGCAUUCUGGAUGUGUGUUCUGGACUCUGGGGUUUUGUAUGACCUAGGUAUGUCCGGAGCACACAUUUCGGUCUUCGGGCGAGGCUGAUGGCGAGGCGGGGUAGUUACUCCCGUCCACUUUCGAUGUGGGGCAGCUAUUGUGUCUAGUAUUUUGGGGCAUUGAUAUUCUUUUUUGUGUUCUCAGCCUUUCCUUCCUUCUUUAUUUCGUCUUUGGUUUCUAUUGUAGAAGAUUCAUCAUGUCAAAACCAGAAUUUACGUUGCGAACAGAUGUUUACCCAGCGAUUGAACCAGAGCUGUUCAAGGGUUCAUUAAAUGGUAAAGUUGCUUUUGUCACUGGAUCUGGUCGAGGAAUUGGAAGAGAGAUCGUUCUGGCACUGGCAAGGUCUGGUGCUGCUGUAGCAAUUUCUGGCAGAACAAAGAGUCAAGUUGAGGAGACCACACAAGCUGUUCUAAGUUCGGCAAGUGGAGUCAAAGCUAUUGGAGUUGUUGGAGAUGUUUGCUCGAGAACAGACCAGGAACGUAUGGUGAAAGAGGUGACCGAAAGCCUUGGCCCAAUCGACAUUCUUAUCUGCAAUGCCGGAACCAAUACGUUCAUGCCAUUUCACAUGACGGACCCAGACGAGUGGUGGAAGCAGAUGGAGAUCAUGGUCAAAUCACCUACAGAAUUAACACGCAUGAUUCUACCUAUGAUGCAGAAACGCAAUUCUGGAACGAUCAUCUACACAUCCUCUCGAGCAGCAGGAGCAGAUCUCCCAUGGGCGGCUGGAUAUAGUUGUGCGAAGACGGCAAUCACUCGAUUCGCUGGUAUUCUGCAGAAUGAGCUCAAUAUCCUUCAGAAGGACACUUUCGGCCAUGAUACGAAUGGUAUAUCGGUGUUCUCAAUACAUCCAGGUGAAGUCAAGACGAAGCUCCAUGAAACAGCAUUCCCUCAAAAGACGAAGGACGAAGCGCCUUACGUUAUAGAACAUAUGGCGAAGAUGGCAAAAAUGCAUCCAGAUUUCAAAGCAGAGUUGGCGGCUUGGACCUGUGUGUAUCUAUCUGCCGGGAACGGGGCCGGUCUGGAGGGAAGACUCGUGGAUUGUACACGGGACAUUGAGGAAGUGAAGAAACAUGUUACAGCGACACCUAGACCAAGGAUCACAAAUGCAUGCGGCUGACUGAGUGGUCGAGGCCACAUUUACAAAUACACUAUCAAACGCGUCAAGAUCUGAUCAGUACUUUCUC